GGUUCAGUGCCACUGAAGAAGUGAAAAUGACUUCAAUGGUUGAUGACAUAAAUGCUUAUUCUUACUUGUACCCUGCAGAAUUGCCAUCUAGAAAGUUUGUCUUCAAAUGGGUGGAAUCCAGAAAGCCAGAGCGUUAUUCAUCAGCUGCACCACUCACUCCUGAUGCGCGUCUACGCAUCGUGUCCGAGCGUGUGGACAUCAUUGAUAACCUCAUCAUUUCUAUUUCGAUAGGUCCCCCCAAUUCACAGUUUUUGAAAUCAAAGGACAAGAGCACAUGGAGUGUAAAAGAUGUUGCUGAUUCUGUUUUAUCUGACAAAUCUGCUUUGCGAAUCACCUCAAGUCAACGGAUGGCUGAGAGUUCAGUUCUUGACGCACAUUCUUCUGAAAUUGAUGGAGAGCCAUACUGGUAUUGUGAAUACCUCAUUCGUAAAUCACCAACGAAAACUGUUCAAGAAUCAAAUCUUUUUCGGCACUACAUUUCUUCUACUUGUGAACGAGAUGGUUAUUUGUACUCUCUGAGUGCUUCAACUCUUAACAAGCAAUGGGAUGUUAUGGGGCCGUUCUUGGAAAAAACUGCAGCAUCUUUUCGCCUUCUCCCUCCCACAGAAAACUAUGUGCCUCCAUACAAGGAUCCCUGGAGAUUUUGGUGACCCGUAGAUAGUUUUAAUUUCUAUUUUUGUUACUGUAUUUAAUUCAAGUACAAGGAUUAGAGAAUUCGGGCAGCAAAUUUGUAACGAAAUUUUGUGAAUAGCAAUUUGAGUCUCUUUUCUUUGUCUCUGCU